UCCCGUAAAGAUUUGCUUUAAAAGCUCGCCCGUGAUGGGUUAGCAAAUCAGUUCUAGUCAUAGAUCUUAAUAUCUUCCAAGAUUUCCAAAAAAAAAAAAAAAAAAAAAUGUUCAAAUUUCUUGUCUUCAGCGCUAUUUUGGCUCUCGUUGUUGCCGACGACCUUGUUGUCAAGACUUAUCUGAACGAUGUACGCGCUGAUGGCUUUGAAACGAAUGUUGAAUUGGAACAUCACAGCCGUCAAAGUGCCAUCGGCGAUGAACAUGGCAACAUGAAGGGAGCCUACGAAUAUCUGACACCAGAGGGCGAACAUGUUAAGGUCACCUAUACAGCCGAUGAGAAUGGUUAUCAUCCCGAAAGUGCAUGGCUGCCUACACCACCACCAAUCCCAGAUUAUAUCUUGAAGGCCAUUGAAUACAUUAAAACUCAUUCGCAUUCGGAAUAAGGGGGCGCGGAAAAAAAUGGACUGGAAUUUUGAAGGUAGACAAAACUGU